GCAACACAACUGUCAUUUGCCAACAUGUCGAUUUCAGUUGAAGGGGGAUACCCCAAACAUUUAGUUUCAGUACUUAUCUAUAUAGUUAAUGUCCCGGGCUUUGCUGCUACGAACUAGUUUAUAUGUUUUAUUUUACGUAAAGUGAGGUGAAUAACAUUUAUGUAUUAAAAUGUCGACGAAUUCGAGCCCCACACAAAAGCAAACCAUAUUUCUUAAAAAAAUGCCAAUAAUUCUCAAGAAGAAGCAGUUCGUGAUAAGUGGUGAUAAAUUGAUUAAUAUAUCGCAGACUGUGUUCAAAGAAGACGUAAUUUAUGAGUCAAAAAUUGGGGAUUUUUUACGGGGGGAAGACCGCGUCGUCACUAUAGUUAACAAGUUGAACAGAGUUACUAACAACAGUGUAACUAUUGCAAAGUGUCUUACGCCUACCAACGUUGUAAUUGAGAAGACUUCUGAACGUAUAAGCAAUUUAAUCGGACAAAAAAAUUACGAUACUCUGUUUUCUGCAUUGUGUUCAGUGAUCAGUCAGGACUUGAAAGUGCGUGGAAUUUUAGCUUUACUAACCGUAAAUAAUUCGAAGGACACGACUACACAAACGGGUGAAACUGGCACCAGCAAGAGAUAUAAAGAUUCUUCAUGCCAGACUGAUGAGUCAAGAAUAAAUUUAUAUCCAAAAUCGAAGCCCAGGAAACGGCUGAAGAGACAAGCCCUUGUGCCGUACGUGGCGAAGACUGUUGAGAAACACGUGAAAAAAAUUGUGAUUAACCCAGACGAGUAUAAAGACCUUGAAUUCAAUGAUUUGGCAAAAGAUGAAGUUUUAGACGAUCUUAUUUGUGAAAAUUCUAACGAAAGCAUCGGCAACCUCUCGUCACUCUCAAUAUUAACUACAAAUACUUUGUUGAAUAAUCCUAUCGCAUUAAUAAAUAAUGUUGACAAGCAUACGAAGCAGGAUUCAAUAGCCCCAGAGAACAUUCCGGUGCAUAAAGAGAUGCCUGAAGUACUGUCUCCGAAAAGUGAAAUUAUAUUUGGUCAAAUGGUCGUUCAGGAUCCGAUAGAGAAGAAACGUUUAGCAUCAGCACAGGCUUUACUGGAUUGGACUAGUUGUAUAGAGGCCGACGAAGAUGGAAAUUUGCCAAUACACGAAGCUGUCAAGAACAAUGACUUAGCACUUCUCUUGCGACAAUGCCUUGUACUUACUGCCAGAAAGAGAUCCGUCGACGAACCAGCCAACGGCGACUGGACUGCGCUGAAAAUGGCUAUAUUGAAGAACCAUUCUAACAUGACCUCGAUCCUGCUACGCUUCGGCGCCAAUCCGCUGCUGACCGACAGCGAAGAGAAGACGUCGAUACACCACGCGGCAGAAAUGCCGCACGAGCAUCUUAAAGCGAUCGUCGAAAAUUGCAUGACGAAUCCUAGGAGAAUUUUAGAACAGAACGAUGAACUGUGGCAUGAAGACUACACCAACAUGCCGGACGACAGGCUGGCGAGGUUGCUUUUGGUCAGGAUGUGUUCAAUGUGCGAUUUGAACGGCUACACACCCCUUAUGUUGGCCAGUAAGUUAGGCUUAGGUGAGAAUGUAGAGACACUGGUUCGUAUCGCGCCCAGUACCAUCAAUAAACAGAUGCCCACCUCCGGGAACACAGCGUUGUUUCUCUCCGUGGGGGCUGCUUGCACGGAUUGUUUGGAACGCGGCGACAAGACUGUAGUUUCUCCAAACUUCCGUCGCACCAUAGAGGCGCUAGUAGAAAAUGGUGCCGACCCCAGCAUAGUAAACCACUCCGGGUCCAACGUGAAUAUAUUACUUACUGAAUUCAAUAUUGCUCCCCUGUCUACCCUAGUAGCUAAUAAAUUAACCAUGAUAAAUUGUUUCAACGGUCUCGUGCCGGAGACUACGAAGAGUCCUGGCACGUACAUCAUCAUCAAAAACAGCGAAGGGACAAUGAACAUUAAGGAAGUAGAGAAGAAGAAAUCUUCAGAGUCGAAAAGUAUGAAAAACGGUGAAGAAAAAGGCACAAGGGAAGAACAGAAGCGUUCGAAGCCUGUUAUUUUGGAAAACUUCUUGCUGUCACCAGCCGGACAAUCUAAGAGACCGAAAACGAGCGAAAAAGGAGAAUUUGUCAAUGUAUUUAAAAAAAUCAUUAAUGUCGGUGCUGAGGAUUUAGUCGAGAAAGGCUUGGUGAAGGCUGGAAAGGCUGGAGUUAUAAUGGACUUGAAAAUUGAGUCUCGCAUUCCAGCGAUUAGACAGCCCCCUAAGAAAAGGAUAAAAACAGAUAAAAUGAAAUAACAGUGACGGGUCAUAAAUGGAACAGCCAGGUCAUCUUAGAAGAGAAGUCCGGUUAGAGCAGCGUCGUGCUAAAAGCUAGUCCGGAGGGAGUUAAGGGUUCAGCAACACUGCCUUUAAAAAUAGAAGUUCGGUGCAACAAGGCCAGCGCGGGACAGUUCGCUUUGUUGACGCCAACUUACAUUGCAAUUCACUCAUCUGAAACAGAUUUGACUAUAAAUGAUUACUGAAUCAGAAUUAUUUUCUAAAACAUCGGUAGCUAGUAAUCUGGUGGUAGUGUUUAUAGUCGUGUGUAUAUGUAUGUAUGUAUCCACUUAUAUUUUAUAUAAAAACAUGCUUAUCAUACAUUUCACAUUUCAUAUUAAUUGCGUAUUUUAUGUAUCGGUCAACAAUUAAUUUCACUAGUUUAAUAACCCUUGGGUCAAAUUUGACCCACUAAUAUAGGUGUGUUGAGUAAGUUUGUAGUUUCCUGAUUAUUUUGAAUCUAGAUUUUAAGUCGGAUCUGUUUCAAAAGUGUAUAACGAUUUAAUAGAAUUAACAAUAAAUAGCAAAUGUAUUAUUGUUUAUGCCCGAAUUAUUUGACUAAUUCUUGUUAACUCGUUACUUGAUAAGGCCAUUAGGAUAUGUGGUAAUAAUUAUUAGAAAUAGUUGGUAAAAAUGUUGCAUUCUUCAUUAAACUAAUUAAGACCGGUCUUUGGAGAUAAUGUAAAUUACAAAUGUGACUAGAAAUAUGCGAUUCCUGAGGGCUAUAGCAUUAACACUCGAAUACCUUAAUCAACACAGCAACGAGCAUAUACAUAUUUUUAAUUGGCGCACGGAAAAUUUAACAAAAAAGAGUUUAUAUGAGGUUUUGCCCCGCAAGUAGGUACGUUCUUUCUCUCGACAGCCAAAAUUAUGCCGGCCUACUUAAUUGUUUUUAAUUGAAUAUUGUAAUUAAAGUGUAUAAAAAUCAGCGAUUUCGAUCAGCGAUCGAAACCAGAUAGUUUUUAAAAUAAACGCAAACUUGCUAUUAAUGGAAUCAAAAUCUAAUAGUAACAUUUUACGUGACCCUUGUGUAAGGAAGUUGUCACAUUUUGUAAUAAAUACAUAGUUGGAUGCAAUAUUUUUAAAAAAGUAUAUUGCCUUCUAUUACCACGUUGUUCUGGUAACCAUUUUAUAUAAGGCAGGGAUGGCGAACCGAUGGCACGUGUGUAGUUGCACGUGACAAAAUAAUUCGGGCAGAAUAAUAUGCAAAACAAAAACAUAGUUGGAUCAUAAAAAAACGCUAAAAGGCACACCCGGAUAGAUAAAACCGAUCCUGGGUGGCACGUUACAUACCAUAUUUUUUUUUGUAUUUUUUUUAGUACACGUUGACCAAAGGUUCACCAUCCCUGAUAGGGGUUAUGAGGUUCAUUGUAUUUUUUCGCGCGGAUAAUUUUUGUCCCGUUGCGUUUGACGUGGUUGAUAUUAGACUUUUGAACCAUUUGGUUGGGUUUUGGCUUUUAAAUACUAAUGAUAGGUUAUUUGAUAAUUCUUAGUAAUUUUAAAUUAAAACAUAAUAGACCUAUACAAUAAUGCCUUAAUUGAAUUUCAAAGGAAAACAUUACGGGUAAUUGAUUGAUAACCAAGUAGUUUAUAAAUGCAAUUAUUAACCUAUUUUUGUAAUUCCCGAGACGUGUGAUGAUUUACGUGUUUUUUUUAAUGUACCUACUGUUUUAAAAUAUGAAUUAUUUUCGUAUGUUUUGUAAUAAAUAUAAGUAUUCCGUAUUCACUCCACUAAUUUGUCGAAUGGGUCAUAAGUGACCCGUAGGUCUCUUUUAAAUCACGUCGGGCCGACGGGAUUAUGGUAUAUCUUUAAGGUAUUUAAUGAUGUUAAUGUUUAAAAAAAUUAUUUACUUUAUUGCAUAUUUUCAAAAUUUUUACUUAUAAAUUAACUCAACAGUUCCCAGUGUUGCCUUUUAUGGUGAAAAUACAAUGAAUUUGAUCAAAUGAUUUAAAAUUCUAGUUUAAAAAUAAAAUAUGAGGUACAUAUUUGAUGGUGAUAUGACCGAUUCUCAUGAAAUAAUGGAAGCCCUUUUACCUCCUACAAAGCCCCAAGCCCAAAUACUUCAAACUUAUAAAGGAAACAGGGUUUCUUCGCGAAUGCAAUCAGUUUGUCUAUGGUUUAUUAAAUAAAAUCAUGUAGUUAUUUUUAAUCAAUUAAGGCUAAUUCAAACCUCAAAAAGUUAUUUAACGAUUAAUCAUAGUUAGACUAAAAGUCGUUUUCAAUAAAGUUCUUGGAUUUUCGAAUCGAUCUUGAGAAUAAAGCAACCAAUGAAGUCUUUAUUGUAAGCAUUUAAAAAAAAUGUUCUGAAUGGUUAAUUAUUGCGAUGAUUUGAAAAAAGUUAUUGGUAUCGUUUAUUUUCUUUUACGUACAAAAAGAGAGUUUUACUCUAUAAUUUUUAUUAGCUGUGGCUUGGAUCAUUCCUGUACAACUCGGCCAUAUUCUUUAUGAAAUGGAAAUUUUCUUUUACCGACGUUUUUUAUUUAAUCAAUUAUUUACACAUUUUUUUUUUAAAUGGGUUAUUCAGGCUUCCAUAGUUGCAAGAAAGUCGGUCUUUGCCUUUUUAUAUAAACAACUACUUAUAUAUCAAGCUGGGGAGUUACAAUGAUUUUGUCUUAACAAAAAAUGUAUAUUUAAAACUAUUUUUUACAAUCUAUUUUUCAACAGAUAAUUCAAACCAAACAUAUUACUUAAUUUUUCACUAUGCUUUAGUACUUACUCAGUACAGUAGUUAGGUAUUUAUGCUUAAUGAAGUAAACAUUUAACCAGUUACAUAGUCCGCAGUGAUUUACUUUUGACAAUGUAUUUAAAAACUUUCUUAAAUAAAACUGGGAAUUGUUGGGAUUAUUUUAACUUAAUGUAAUCUUUGGUUGUAAUAACAUGUAAUUACUGUUUAAUUUUGUAAUGCAAAAUGUAUGCCUUCAAAUAAAAAUUCGAAGAAAUA